GAGCCCUCCUCCAGCUGAUCUCACCUGGUCCCCUCCCCGUCUCUGAGAGGGAGGGGACCAGGUGAGAGGGGAAGGGGUUGGCUGGAGGCCAGGUUUGGCAGGAUCAGGUUAGGGCAGGUUCGGUUUCCUGAAAACGCCACGUCGAGGGCCCGUGAAGCCAGCGUAUAAAUCCCUGCUCUGAGCACCUUGCCCUUUGCUUUCCUUCGAGUCUCUCUCUGCAGUCUGGUCUGCCCCAGAUCCAAGAUGUCCAGUCCCCUGGAGCAGGCAUUGGCUGUGAUGGUCGCUACCUUCCACAAGUACUCUGGCAAGGAGGGUGACAAGUUCAAGCUGAGUAAGGGGGAGAUGAAGGAACUUCUGCACAAGGAGCUGCCCAGCUUUGUAGGGGAUAAGGUAGAUGAGGAGGGCCUGAAGAAGCUGAUGGGCUCCCUGGAUGAGAACAGUGACCAGGAGGUGGACUUCCAGGAGUAUGCUGUUUUUCUGGCCAUCGUCACUAUCAUGUGCAACGAUUUCUUCCAGGGCUUCCCAGCCAGGCCCUGAAGCAGAGCUCUCAGCUCCCAGCCAUGGGUCUCCUGGGCCCAGGAGGACUUCCCAUCCUUUGUAGUUUUGUACUCAAUAAACCUGUGUUUGUCUGUUGA